AUGGCCGACGUACGAUCCCUCCUCCGUCAGCAACGUGCUGCUCGACGAAUCGAACAUCCUCAUGCCGCCUACUCGGACGCGGGCAAGCUCCUCUGUACCCUUUGCCACGAGGCGGUCAAGUCAGAAUCUCUCUGGGACAGCCAUGUCCGUGGAUCCGGGCACGCGGCGAAGGUCACCGCGGCACAACAAGCAUCCACAAGCGCAAGCGGAACGGCGGCCGCAGACGGAGUGUCGUCGAACAAGCGGAAACACGACUCGGAUGAAGAUAUAGAAGACGAGGACACGGCCGAAGCGGUGCGGAAGAAGCGAAGCAAGACCAAUAUGAGCACUCCGGCUCGUUUGUCCGCCGGCGAGUCAGACCGUGAUCUCAAGGACGUCACACUCACGCCACCUUCAUUGAACCGCCGCACAUCCACAACACCAGUUCAGGGUGUUGAGAUCCAGAUUCCGUCGCGCCCGCACACGCCUGCGCAUAGGGAUGCGACAUCUUCAAAUUCCACCCCCAUUGUGCAACCCGUCGGCCCAUCGCCAUUGAUCCCACAAGAGGAGCUGCCAACGAAGCCGAAUGUUGCUGGCCCGACAACGCAGCAAAAUGGCUUAGCUGCGAAGCCUGUCCAGGGCGGAGGAAUUGUGGACGAAGAUGAAUGGGCAGCGUUUGAGGCGGACAUCGCUGCGGCAACAGCGCCAUAUUCGGAGGAUGCUGUCAUUGCUGCACCAGCCAUGACAGCCGAGGAAACUGCGGCGGCAGCAAAAACGGAGGAGGAGGAACAAGAAAAGAGACGACUGCUCGCGGAGAAAGACCUACUCGAUGAGAAGGAGGAGGCUACUCGAGCACUGGAAACGGAGUUUGAGGAUAUGGAGGAGCUCGAGGCCAGGGUUCGGAGAUUGAAGGAAAAGCGGGAAGCUUUGAGGAAGCAGAGCUUUACGGGCACGACUGCGCCUAUCGAAAAGCCGACCGGAGCCAGCGGCAAAGAAAAUGUGGAAGUGAAUGGCGACGAGGAAGAUGAUGACGAAGACGACGAGGACGAGGACGAUUUCAUGGGCUUUCGAUACCGUUCAUGA